CCUUUCCAGACUUUUUUUUCUUUUCUUUCUAUUUUUCAGAAACUCUUCUCUUCCAGGGUUUAUAGUUGUUAGCAACUUCUUUCUAUUUUUCCAAAAAAAACUUGAAGAUUAUUUUAUUGUUUAUAGUUGAUUAUCGUUAAAACGCAAUUUCAAAUCGGGUGAUUAACGUUACCCUCUCACCUUCCACUCUCACACACCAUUAAACGCUCACCAUUUUCACAUUUUCUCGCUCAACCAAAUACACAAUGCAGAAACCUACCAGAAACUCACGCACCUGUACCACCGGAAUCCUCACGUGGCCGGAAAACUCUUCACCGACCGCUUUCACCGGCCACCGUCCUCACCAGCCUUCGCAUGACAUCGGUGAUGUUCUUCAUGGCAAACAACUCACCAAGAAUGAAGAACAUAAUUUAACCAAGUGGAAACCAAGCUCGGGGUAUUCUAGAGUGAACGAGGCGACUGGAAAUGGAAUAUUUUUGCCAAAUGCUGAGAAUACCACAUCUAAAGCCAAUGCUGCAAAGUCUAAAGACAGUGGUAUAUUUUCCGCAAAUGCCGAGGAUACCACAUCAGAAGCCAAUGGUGCAAACUCUAAAGACAAAACAAGCAUACGCGUAUAUCAGCAAGCAAUGGAUGGAAUUAGUAAGAUAUUACUCAACGCUGAAGAAAGCAUUUCUCCUGAGAAGCCAGCCUCUUUAACUGGGGCAGCAAAGCAGCGUGAACUUGGCGGAACAUCUCAAAAUGAACCGGGCACAAAUAGCAAGAAACUGAUGUCAAGUUCCAAGACCAAGGAGAUCGGAGUAAAUGAUAUAUUUGCUUCUCCUCGUGAAACUAUGCCCCGUUCAUUGGCUGCUGCAAAAUCUAAUGCUGCCGGUAUCCGAAGUAAUGUACCCAGUGAAGAAUCAGUUCAGAAGAACUCAAAGAAAAUGCAUGGCCAGAAGUAUGCAGACCUGACAGGCAAUAAUAUUUUCAAGGGAGAUGUUACUCCAGAAUCAGCGGAAAAACCUCUGAGCAUGGUGGCUAAACUUAGAGAAAUGAAAGGCAAUGACAUAUUUGCUGACGGAAAGGCAGUAAACAGAGACCGUUUACUAGGUGCCCGCAGACACGCAGGUGGAGGAAGCAACAUAUUUUCUGAUGGAAAAGCAGAAAACAGAGACCGCUUACUAGGUGCCCGCAGACACGCAGGUGGAGGAAGCGACAUAUUUUCUGAUGGAAAAGCAGAAAACAGGGAUCAUAUACUAGGUGCCCGCAAACCCACUGGUGGAGCAAGCAACAUAUUUUCUGAUGGAAAGGCAGAAAACAGAGACCGUUUACUAGGUGCCCGCAAACACGCAGGUGGAGGAAGCAACAUAUUUUCUGAUGGAAUAGCAGAAAACAGAGACCGAAUACUAGGUGCCCGCAAACCCCCUGGUGGAACAAGCAGCAUUGUCCUGGAUUAAACUUUAUUUUCUUGUUCCUCCAGUUCACUGUAUAGGUAUUACGAAUUCCUCUAAACUCCCAUGUUUUGAUUGGAAGGACCAAUUGUUGGAUAGUUGGCAUUUAUAGUAAUGCAGUGUAACUAGUUUGUGUUAUUAUAAUGGGUGCAAAUGGUUAUUUAUGUUUGAUAUACACAACCAUAAAAAUUUGUUAAGAUUUUAUUUAUUGUUGGCA